AUGGAAAGAGAAAGUAGUUCAGAUAAUGAGCCCCAGGUGGAAGCCAAUUUAACGACUGAAGGUGCAUCGAGUAGUAACUUCGAUCAAACGUGGGACGAAUACCAAGAAUGGAGGAGGCAAGAUAACACAUAUUUGGAUCACAUGGCCAUUCUAUUGGCUGCCGUAGAAGAGGAGGAAUCUAUAGGGCAAGUGGUUGAGCGAAUGCCGCAGCAUAACAUUGGCUUACACGGACAAGAGUAUAUAGUCGCAAUCCUUAAUGGACAUCCCAAGAAUUGUAGAAAUAUGUUCCAAAUGGAAGUUUAUGCAUUUCAAGCGUUAUGCAAUACAUUACGCACGGAUUCCAUUCUGGAAUCGACAAGAGAGGUUUCCGUAGAGGAAGCCGUUGCAAUGUUUGCAUUUACCGUCGGACAUGGGACAGUUCAGCGAGUCACAGGUGACCGGUUUCAACAUUCAAGUGAAACCGUUAAUCGACAUGUCGGCGCAAAAUGUUAUGGAGCAAUUGACGGGACUUAUAUCGACACAUGGGCGCCCGCCGAGGCAACUAAUGCUUAUAUAUCUCGGCAUCACCGAGUUAGCCAAAAUGUGCUGGCAGCUUGUGAUUUUGAUAUGAGAUUCACGUUCAUAUACGCUGGGUGGGAGGGCACUGCUCAUGAUGCGCGCAUAUUUAUGGAUGCAUUGACUCGUCCAGGGAUCAAUUUUCCAUGGCCUCCUGAGGGUUAUUAUUACUUAGUAGAUUCCGCCUAUCCAUGUACUCAGGGAUUUUUGCUCCCAUAUCCUAGGGUGCGAUAUCACAGGUCUGAACGUCACGGCAACCGCUCAUUUCAUGGAUAUCAGGAUUAUUUCAAUUACCGGCAUUCUUCCCUCCGGAAUGUUAAUGAGCGGAGUUUCAGUGUGUUGAAAAAACGAUUUCGAAUUUUGCGAUCAAUGAACCCAUACAAGCCAACAAAUCAACGAUAUAUUGUUGUAGCAUGUUGUGUCAUACACAACAUUAUUCGCACGAUUACACCUGAUGAUCACAUUUUUCGUCAAUUUAGCAAUCCGAAUCAUUAUGAAGGCCAGACAAAUGUAGAUAACCCGAAUCAUAUAUUACAUACUCCUGACAUGUCAUCUGGGGCGGCACAAGCCAUGGCUGCAACCAGGGAAUCUAUCGCACAACCGAUGUGGGCACAUAGGAGUGCAAAUUGA